CUUGCAUCAGUCGGUUGUUAUACACGGCCUUGGUCGGUUGAAAUAUUUUGCUUUGUAUUCUAACGCCAUUUGAUAAAGAUGAGUGACAAAGAUAUGCAAACUUUUCUUAUUUUGGAAAAUGAAGAUAUUUCUCAGCAAGAAGCAAAGUACGAGGAAGGUAGCUCAUCCGGAUCACAGGAGAACAUGGGGUACGUCCACCACACGGUGCAGGCGGACAAGGUGCACAUCAAGGUGCACCCGGGCCUGCAGGCGAUGCCGUCCGACCCCAGCCACGCCACCAUGACGCUCACCUCGCGCGACCCCAACACCAACCUGACAGAGGUGAAGCGGCUGCACUGCACCUACGAGGGCUGCACGCGCUCCUACAGCACACGCAGCAACCUCACCACCCACCUGAAGAAGCACACAGGCGAGUAUAACUUUGUGUGCACCGACCCGAGCUGUGGCAAGAUGUUCAUGACGUCCUACCGGCUCAAGGUGCACCUGCGCGUCCACUCGAAGCAGCGCCCCUACGGGUGCGACAUCUCCGGCUGCGAGAAAACGUUCAGGACGCUCUACAGACUGAACUCUCAUAAGCGUAUUCACGAGGGCACUACGUUUAACUGCUCGGAGCAGGACUGCCUGAAGUUCUUCACCACACUUUCCGAUCUCAAGAAGCACAAGCGCAUUCACACGGGCGAAAAACCGUUCAGCUGCUCUGUGCCGGGCUGCUCGCGCUCGUUCGCGCUGGCCCACCACCUGCGCAGUCACGAGCGCACCCACGCCAAGCAGCGUCCGUUCGUGUGUCGGCAGCCGGACUGCGGGCGCCGCUUCCUCACCCGGUCCGCGCAGCGAAUGCACGUGCUGCGCCACCACAAGGGUGUCUCCGCCGGCCCCAGCACAGAGUCGGCUGCGCCGUCCGCUUCGGCGACCCCUGAGGUGUCCGCGGUACAGGAGGACGUGUCCGCCGGCCCAGCAGUGUCCGCUGUCCCGGGGGUGUCCGCGGUCCCGGGGGUGUCCUCUGUCGACUGGGGUACGCCGCUGAUCGUGCCGAUCGGGGAGGACCUGACGGUGACGGUGGCCGAGCCGGGCGUACAGGACGAGGACGAGCCGCCGGCGUCAGUGACGGUGACGGCGCCGGGCACGGCGGCCGGACCGCGCGGCCCGCCGCCGCCGGCCGCCGGCUCGCAGGGCCUCAGCCCGUCCGACCUGUCCGCCACCGCCCUUCUGACGGCCAUCGCCAACCGCCGGACCAGCACGGCGGUGCAGACGUGCGAGACAGCCCGGCCGGCGGCCGCCGCCCGCCCGGCCCAGGCCUGCUGCGGCCCCAACCAGCCAGAGUGUUGUCCGCCAGGCGAGGGGCCGGCCUGCGGCGGCGGAGGCGGAGGCAGCGGUGGCGGCGGUACAGCGACCAGGGGCGCGACGACCGGCGGCGGCUCGCACGAUAGCCCGCUGCCGGGCCCGCGGUCAGCCUGCGGCGCCGGCGGCAGCGGCGGUGGCGGUACGACGGUUUGCGCUGGCGGCGGCAGCGGCGGCAGUGGCAGCACGACGGUCUGCGCUGGCGGCGGCAGCGGCAGCGUUGGCGGCACGACGGCCUGCGCUGGCGGCGACAGCGGCGGCAGCACGACUGGCCCCUGCCUGCACGACAGCCUGCUGCUGGGACGCUCGGCCGCGGAGCCGUGCUGCGUCACGCUGUGCAUGAACAAGCUGGGCCUGCUGCAGAGCUUCCUGCAGGCCAUGUUCCCGCGCAUGGCGUCGUCGGGCGGUAUCGGCGACUUUCUGCGCGUGCUGCGCACCCUGCUGACGUGCGAGCAGCCGAGCCUGCGCUGCGGCGAGGACGGGCCGCCGCCGGCCCAGUCGGCCGACGGCCUGCUGCGCCUGCUGGCCUCUGCGGCCGGACAGCCGUCCAACACCGACACCAUGGCCGAGUGGCUGGGCGGGCCGGCCGACAGCGCCGCCUAGGCCGGCGGCCGGCGGGAGCGCCCGGGGAGCCGACGCAGGCGAGUUCGUGCCGUCCGCCGCCGGACCGAGUUAUUGUUACACGGGGCGGAGGCACGGAUAACUAUAGCGUAUUGCUAGAAGCCUUAGCGGUAGUGGUAGUAGACGAAGCGCCCUGCGCCUUACGCGAUAUCGCCAGUAGUUCGGCUAGAGUAGAUGGCUUAGUACGCUUACGCUUUCGCGUCGUUCGGUGCAUGGGGGCGGGUGUUCGGCGCUCAGAGUUGUUGCUGGAUGGUUGCAGGGAGCGGAAUGUUUCGUGUAUCAUGAGACCUUCGAACGGCUGUUCCUCCUAGGAAUCGACCGUUCCAUUAGGCUACAGUUAUGAUUAUUGAUGUUGGCCAAGCAGUUACGCAAUAUGUGCUUAUCCGAUAAGUUCACAAACUAUCUUUCAUUAAUAUAUAGUGACUAAGUCAGCAUACUGGCAGGGCUAUGUGUAAAACGCUAGUUCGUUUAUUUAUUCUUAUGCUGAAUGCGCGUGUUCAAGAGGCGGUUACUAGUAGGUAGUACCAUGAUUGCUUUGGAUGAUUUGCUGUUAAUCACAGUACUUUAAGCCUUAGCUAUAGGUAGGUGCUGUUGUGCCUAAUAAGUCACUAAUUAGGGAAAGUUGUAGGCGGUUUCCCCCUCCCGCGGCGGGCUCCACCUUUGGUGGUUAGUACCAAUGCGCUCCGGUGCACAGCCAACUGCCAUUCGCGUCACGUGUUACGGUCGCCGCCAGUCUCCGUGGCCGUUGGCCCUGACGGUGAAUCGCCGGUGGUGCCAGUGUCCAACCAACUGUGUGAAGUUCAACUCCUGCUGCUCUUAUCAGCGCUGAGCCUCCCAAGGCAACCACGAUCCCUCAGUCUGUGAAGAUUUGCAAACAAGUACCUAAUUCUUCGUCGUUUCCGAGAUCCUAAAUGCGUAGAGAUGCCCGGAUGAUGUCAACAGCUGGAUAUUGUGACGUUUUAUCGAAGAUUUCUUUUAGGUUUGUUUACCAGUCAUUGCCUGUUGGAGACGGUUGGCCAACGAGCCUCCAUCGCUAGAGAUGUGACUACUAAUCUCAAUGGAGGAGCUCCCCGCUCUGCUGGAGACUCCUGGCUCGGCAGUCGUGGUCCCCCGGCACGAAAUUGACGGUGAGGCGGCAUUGUCGCUGCUCCUCUUUUGGUCCGCUGUAACCAUUUCGAUAACGGCGGUGGUGUUACCCGUACAUAUGAGAAAUUGAAGGCCACUGUCCUAUGCUAUUGCAGAAAUUUCGCCGAGAGAACACCUAUGGUAUGAAACCAAAAUGUCAUGGCAAAAAUAGCCAAUACCUACAUCGUCACCCUAUUGAUCUCUACACCCUACCUCUCUACUCUCACAUGGCUUCAAUAUAUUUCCGAUCGAAUGUUA